UAUUACACAGUGUUAUGAAGAAAAUCAAGCUUUUUUAAGGUUCGCUGUCCUAAGCGUGAAUAAAACAUUAGAGAAAUAUGAAUCAGGUUCAGCAGGGAUCGUCUUGAAUAUCUGCACAUCACAGUCUCAUGGACGGACAGCUGAGCUGCUGACCGACUGUGUAUCACCCGCACACACUGCGCGGAUCACUCACUGAUCACGCACCGACACUCUCUCCUCAUUGGCUAACGCUCCGCACACCUUUGUCGACGAUUGGCUGGAGAUGAAACCACGCCCACAACGACCCCGCUCGGUUUUCUGAAAUAUGUGAAUGAAUCCAAGCUUCAGAAACAGUGACAGUAUUUAUCAUAAUGAGACUUACGUGUUCAGUCACAAUAAUAAACGAGAGAUAUAAUACAGCAUCAGUAUGUCAUCUCUAUCUGAAAUUCGUGUGACAUGUACAGACACGAGAUAUUCAGAAGCUGUGGAGGCCCUGAUAUCCAUGAACAUUGACUGGGAGGCCAGAAAUGUCCAGAAGAGGGAAUUUCGCCCCUUGACACCUUCCUCUGAUGCCUGUGAGGAUUCAGUGUUUUCAGUCACUGCUGAUUUCCACCAGUCGUCCUUUGUGAAUGAGACAGAGGCAGUGUCGUGCAUAACUCCACCGUACAGUCCCGACUGUGACCAACACCAGGGGUCAGGGGUCACCAGAUCUCAAGCCAUCAGUGUGAUCCGCCACACAUCAGAUGCACUGAGUCAGAGCGCCAGUGACUCAGCAAUAAACCUUCAGCCUCUCAGAUCUGAUCCCCCAUCAGCCCCUGCUGCAAUGGUGUCCGAUUCUUCUUCUGGAAGCAUGCCAUCAGUUUUCCAGACGCUUCCACUCACUCAAUCCUUUGCUGGUUCGACAAACGUUUGUCAAGCGUCUGUUGUUUUUGUGGCCGGUGUGAUGGCCAAAGGUUCAGUCGUGGUAAUUCUGCCCCCUAAACAAACACCUUCAUGUGGUUUGAAGUUUACGGCCAUCGCUCCUGCUCCCGUCCACAACUCAUCCACAAACAGACCUGUGUCUGAAGCCGCUCCAUCGCGGACUCGCAACCAUGUCUGCACUCACCCGCACUGUGGGAAAACAUACUUCAAAAGCUCCCACCUGAAAGCACACCUGAGGACACACACAGGUGAGAAGCCGUUCAGGUGCUGCUGGGACGGCUGCUUAAAGCGCUUUGCCAGAUCUGAUGAACUGUCACGUCAUCGCCGCACACACACGGGAGAGAAGCGUUUUGCUUGCCCCGUUUGCCACAGUCGAUUUGUGCGUAGCGACCACUUGGCAAAACACGCACGCCGCCAUCUAACAGCCAAGAGAACACCAGUGUGGCAGGAGGAGGUUUGCCAUCUGAACAACAUCACCACUUUCAGUCGCAACCUGCAGCCUUUGGCUCCCAAGACUGAGAGCUGACAGACUGAAACAAGGAUACGUCCUUAUGUAUCCAUCUGUACUAUAUUUUAAAUUGUUUAUAUCUCACACACACACACUACCAUUCAAAAGUUGGAAUAAUUAUGAUUUUUUUUUUUAAUGUCUCUUCUGGUCACCAAGGCUGCAUUUAUUUUUUUUCAAAAAUCAGUAAUAUUAUGAAAUAUUACCAUUUAAAAGAACUUUUUUUUUCUUUUUUUUUAAAUGCAAUUUAUUCCUGUGAUCAAAGCUGAAUUUUUAGCAUCAUUACUCCAGUCUUCAGUGUCACAUGAUCCUUCAGAAAUCAUUCUAAUAUUCUUUAAAAACAUUUAAAAACCACUAGACAUUUGUCUUAACUUUUGCAAAGUUUAAUCACAUGCCUGUUUUCAAAAUUUGAAAGUUUUGAUUACUAGAAAUGUGUGACCCUGGACCACAAAACCAGUCAUAAGUCGCACAGGUAUAUUUGUAGCAAUAGCCAACAAUACAUUGUAUGGGUCAAAAUUAUUGAUUUUUCUUUUAUGCCAAAAAUCAUUAGGAUAUUAAGUAAAGAUCAUGUUCCAUGAAGAUAUUUUGUAAAUUUCCUACCAUAAAUAUAUAUUAAAAAAAUUUAUUUUUGUAAGUGGAUAUGCAUUGCUAAGAACUUCAUUUGGACAACUUUAAAGGCGAUUUUCUCAAUAUUUAGAUUUUUUUGCACCCUCAGAUUCCAGAUUUUCAAAUAUUGUCCUAACAAACCAUACAUCAAUGGAAAGCUUAUUUAUUCAGCUUUCAGAUGAUGUAUAAAUCUCAAUUAAAAAAAAAAAAAAAAAAAAAAAAAAAA